CACUGGCGUGGAUGCUCCCUUCACCCGGCCUUUGGGGACUCAGUUGUUUUUUGAUGGCGGCAGCCGCUGCUGGGUGAGCGGCCGGAGACUGUGCUGUACUCCUCCCGUCGGGAGAGGAUCGCUUUCUCCCGCCGUCACCACCUCCGCGUUGGUGGCGGUGCUUUUCCCUCUUUAACCUCUCCGCCACGCUCGAAGGGACGAGAAGAUGCCACUGCCAUUUGGAUUGAAACUAAAACGCACCCGGCGCUACACGGUGUCCAGCAAGAGCUGCCUGGUUGCCCGCAUCCAGCUGCUCAAUAAUGAAUUUGUGGAGUUCACGCUGUCUGUGGAGAGCACUGGCCAGGAGAGCCUGGAAGCUGUGGCCCAAAGACUGGAGCUCCGGGAGAUCACUUACUUCAGCCUCUGGUACCACAACAAGCAAAAUCAGCGCCGGUGGGUAGAUUUGGAAAAACCUCUUAAGAAGCAGCUGGAUAAAUAUGCACUGGAACCGACCGUCUAUUUUGGAGUGGUGUUUUAUGUGCCUUCAGUUUCACAGCUGCAGCAGGAGAUUACCAGGUAUCAGUAUUAUCUGCAGCUGAAGAAAGAUAUCUUGGAAGGAAACAUUCCUUGUACAUUAGAACAAGCAAUUCAGCUAGCAGGCUUAGCUGUUCAAGCUGAUUUUGGUGACUUUGAUCAGUAUGAGUCCCAGGACUUUCUUCAGAAAUUUGCCUUGUUUCCUGUGGGGUGGUUACAAGAUGAAAAAGUAUUGGAAGAAGCAACCCAGAAAGUGGCCUUACUGCAUCAGAAAUACAGAAGGCUCACCGCUCCUGAUGCGGAAAUGCUGUACAUGCAGGAGGUAGAGAGAAUGGAUGGCUACGGAGAAGAGAGCUACCCUGCGAAGGAUAGCCAAGGCAGUGACAUAUCCAUUGGAGCAUGUCUUGAAGGGAUCUUUGUGAAACACAAGAAUGGAAGGCCUCCUGUGAUAUUUAGGUGGCAUGAUAUUGCCAACAUGUCCCACAAUAAGUCCUUCUUUGCAUUAGAGCUGGCCAAUAAAGAGGAGACCAUCCAGUUUCAAACUGAAGACAUGGAAACCGCAAAGUACGUGUGGAGACUCUGUGUUGCACGACACAAAUUCUACAGACUAAAUCAGUGCAGCCUGCAAACUCAGACUGUCACAGUGAACCCAAUUAGGAGGAGGUCGUCUUCAAGGGUAUCCCUGCCUAAGCCCCAGCCCUAUGUGAUGCCUCCCCCACCCCAGCUGCAUUAUAAUGGACAUUAUACAGAACCAUACACUUCCUCCCAAGAUAACCUCUUUGCGACCAACCAGAACGGAUACUAUUGUCACUCUCUGACAAGUUUGGAUCGAGCUCAGAUUGACCUCAGUGGUCGGAUCCGAAACGGCAGUGUAUACAGUGCACACAGCACUAACUCCCUGAACAACCCGCAGCCCUACCUGCAGCCGUCCCCCAUGUCCUCUAACCCGAGCAUCACGGGGAGUGACGUCAUGAGACCCGACUACGUGCCGUCCCACCGGCACAGCGCCCUGAUCCCCCCGUCGUACCGUCCGACCCCAGAUUACGAGACGGUGAUGAAGCAGCUCAACAGAGGCAUGGUGCACGCCGGAAGGCAGAGCCACUCGCUGCGAAACCUCAACAUCGGCAACUCGUACGCCUACAGCAGGCCCGACGCGCUGGUCUACAGCCAGCCGGAAAUUCGGGAGCACGCCCCCUUCGCCUCCCCGCAGUCGGCCCACUACCCGUUCAGCCUGAACUACAGUUUCCACAGCCCGUCCCCGUACCCGCACCCCGCCGAGCGGCGGCCCGUGGUGGGUGCCGUCAGUGUGCCUGAGCUGACCAACGUGCAGCUGCAGGCGCAGGACUACCCAGCCCCCAACAUCAUGCGGACGCAGGUGUAUCGCCCGCCCCCGCCCUACCCGCCCCCGCGGCCGGCCAACAGCACCCCGGACCUGUCCCGCCACCUGUACAUAAGCAGCAGCAACCCCGACCUCAUCACCAGGCGCGUGCACCACUCGGUGCAGACGUUCCAGGAGGCCAGCCUGCCCGUGGCGCACUCCCUGCAGGAGGUCAGCGAGCCGCUCACGGCCGCCCGGCGCGCGCACCUGCACAAGAGGAACAGCAUCGAGGUGGCCGGGUUGGCGCACAGCCUCGAGGGCCUGCGGCUCAAGGAGCGCACCCUGUCCGCGUCGGCCGCCGACCCGCCGCCCAGGCCCGUCUCGGCGGGCUCCCAGCCCGGCGGCUGCCCCGAAAGGGCUGAGCGGGACCAGGCGGACGAGCGGGGAGGCCUGGGCUACGGCCACAAGAAGUCUCUCUCCGACGCCACCAUGCUGAUCCACAGCAGCGAGGACGAGGAGGACCUGGAGGAGGAGAUCGCCUCGCUGGCGGUGCCCUUUCCCCGGGGCCGCCACUCCCCGGAGCAGCAGGCCGGCCCCUCCCGCGGCCCCUGCGCCCCCGCCGCCCCCGCCGCCGCCGCCGCCGCCCCGGGCCCCCUGCACGGCCGCGAGCCUGCGGCAGCGCUCACGGAGGCCACCCGGCCCCGCAGAGAGGGGCUGCUCACGCCCUCCAUGUCCGAGUCCGACCUCACCACGUCGGGGCGCUACCGAGCCAGGAGGGACUCCCUGAAGCAGCGGCCGGUGUCCGAUCUCCUCUCGGGGAAGAAGAACGUCGUGGAAGGCCUUCCGCCGCUAGGGGGAAUGAAAAAGAGCCGGGUAGAUGCAAAAAAAAUUGGUCCUCUCAAAUUGGCUGCCCUAAAUGGACUCUCCCUAUCCCGACUGCCUCUGCCUGAUGAAGGAAAGGAAGUGCCCGCCAGAGCCACCAAUGACGAGAGGUGUAAAAUUCUGGAACAGAGGUUAGAACAGGGAAUGGUAUUCACAGAAUAUGAAAAAAUUCUUAAAAAACGGCUAGUUGAUGGGGAGUGCUCAACAGCACGACUCCCUGAAAACGCAGAAAGAAAUCGAUUCCAAGAUGUCCUUCCCUACGACGACGCCAGAGUGGAGCUGGUCCCAACUAAAGAAAACAACACUGGCUACAUCAACGCGUCACAUAUUAAGGUCUCUGUCAGUGGAAUUGAGUGGGAUUAUAUUGCCACACAGGGGCCACUACAGAAUACCUGUCAGGACUUUUGGCAGAUGGUGUGGGAACAGGGAAUUGCCAUUAUAGCAAUGGUGACCGCAGAAGAGGAGGGCGGCAGGGAAAAGAGCUUCAGGUACUGGCCACGACUGGGUUCCCGGCACAACACGGUCACCUACGGGAGGUUUAAGAUCACAACACGGUUCCGCACGGACUCUGGCUGCUACGCCACCACAGGCUUGAAGCUGAAGCACCUGCUCACGGGGCAGGAGAGGACUGUCUGGCAUCUCCAGUACACAGACUGGCCCGAGCACGGCUGUCCCGAGGGCCUCACGGGCUUCUUAUCAUACCUUGAGGAGAUCCAGUCUGUUCGACGCCAUACAAAUAGUACCAGUGAACCAAGAAGUCCCAACCCUCCGUUGCUGGUCCAUUGCAGUGCUGGGGUGGGAAGGACUGGCGUCGUCAUUUUGUCGGAGAUCAUGAUCGCCUGUCUGGAGCACAAUGAGGUGCUGGACAUCCCCCGGGCGCUGGACAUGUUGCGGCAGCAGAGGAUGAUGAUGGUGCAGACCCUCUGCCAGUACACGUUCGUGUACCGAGUUCUCAUUCAGUUCCUGAAGAGCUCGAGGCUCAUCUAG